CCUCCUUUUAGUAAGGUCAUCAGAUACCAAAAAAGCUACACUUCAAACCUAAAGAAGGUUUGCGGACUCGUGUUAAUAAAUGACAAUGUUUGUAGUUAUUAAGAAACAAUUUCAUAUGCCGAUUACCUCAAUGAAACCCCUGUGUCAGAGCAUACUCCGAUAUAUUCAAUAAUAACACAGUUUGAAUAUUGCGAAUGAAUCUCCUUCCAAAAAUACCACACGUUUUUACUGCCCAAAAAUAUAUUUUAUUAAGUAGACGAAAUUUAGAGAAAUUUUAGUUCAAGGUAGAUAUGGUAGCAAAGUUGUGGCAUGCAUGAUGUCCAUUAUUUUCAAAAUGUUAUUCCAUAUCAAUUCCAUUUAUUUCCUAACUUAUACUUAAAAUAAAACGUAUUAUUACUUAAUAUGAACUUUGAUUCAUUUAAAUUUGGACAAACUAGAAUUGGAUAAAGUCAUCCACAUUUCCUUUUGCAAAAUGAUAACAGUUUAUUUGUCUAUGAUAGCUGAUUACAGAACAAAACAUCUGUACAAACAAUCUGUCAAAAAAUUACAGCCUGUAUAAAAAUAUCAUCAAGACAAUAAUACAAUUAAUUGGACACUCUUAAACUGCAGUAAAUUUAUUCAUAUAUUUAACAGAUUAAGUCACAAAGAUAGUAUUGAUACUAAAUAUCAGACUGAGAUAACAUAGAACAAUGGUGACAAUUUAUAUCAGAAUUAUAUUUACAGAUUUAUCACACAGUUGACAAGAUGGACUUUUGGAUGUUAGCACUGUACGGACUUGAGUGGAUAGAAUACAUUUUAUAUGUGAUUUGUUCGAGUUCUGACCCCAUGUCAGGUGCACUGUUUAACUUCAGACGAUAUGAAGAUAUUUCUUCUUUGCAAGGAAAUUAUAAAGUUACUGAUACUCGAGAAAAGAAAUGCUUUGUUGAGACGUCAUUUCAGGACGUGUACAGGAUGGAUGGUUGGCAGAUUCUAUGUAUCUGUGAAGAUUCUUGUACGAAUGAGGCAGAGACAGCAAUAAUGUUUGACAAAUUGUGGGCAGAAAAUGAGUGUAAAGAGAGGUUAAAGAUAAAAACUAAUCGUCACAAAUACUGAAUAUCAGAGAUACGGAUAUACAAUAAUUUUUACGUAUAAAAUGUUUUUAUAGUCUGUCCCAUCAAAUUUGAAUAUUCCAUUUUUAUUUUAUACAAUAGUAAAAUCAUUCAAAUUAAUGUCAUGUAAACCCUGACGUCAAUAUCUCUAGGCAUGUUUUUCAUUUUUAUGCCCCCGCCAUAUAAUGGCUGGGGCAUAUAGUGUUACCCUGUUCCGUCAUUCCGUCCCUCUAUCCUUCUGUCGUUCUGUCAUUCCGUCAUCAUCAGUUUCCGUUCAUUAUCUUAGUAACGGUUGCACACAUUCAACUCAAAUUUGG